AUGAAUGACACAGAUAACAUUAUCGAAUCUUUACUCCUAGCUAUUCAGCUCCAGUUAUCCGUCUUACGUGCCAAUCAAGAACAAAUUAAGAUGGAUAUUAACAGCCUUGGAAAUGAAAUAAUGAUCAAAGGAUCUCCAAAGCAAAAUCUCUCUUUGUUUAUUAAUAUUUCAAGUGGGUUUGUUUUCAAACCUGUGAUCAACAUUUCCACUCUUCCUUCUGUACAAGCUCUUGGCCCUCGUUCUAGUUGGGGUCCAUAUCUUCAUAUUUCACCAGAUGCCAUCAAAAUUGGGCAUCCAUUGCAAGAAUCAGUCAUCUCUGGAAAGACCGUCAAAGGAGGCAAUUCUAACAAGGCUGCCAGAGCUACCACAACUACCACCACUACUACUGCUAAUGAUAAUAGCAGCAACAUUGAUUCUGCUGAGCAAACAAAUGCUGGCAAGAUUUUUGCUUUGAUGCAAAAAAGAUCUCAGGGGAUUGAUAAUUCUGAUGCAGAUUUAUCAUCAAAAAGUUCUUGCUUGAACACAGUUCAGGUUUCAUUAGGUGAUGACCAUACCAUUGACGAGAUUUACGAAAAAAUCUCAGAAGUCAAUACGUUUUUGCGUAGUGGCAAAACAACUAUUACUUCUGAAGAUAUAGAAGCAGAAGCAAGCAAGGCUGUUGAACAAGCUCUCUCACCUGAAUGCUAUCCAGUCUUGGAUCAAUUAUUGCAAUUGUACAUACAAGAAGAACAGUUGUAUGAGAAAUAUGAUAAAACGCAAAGUACAUAUUUUGAGGCAAACAGACAUAUUAUCAAGUCUGUUGUAGAUUACCUUCGUAAUCAGGCUGAGGGCAAACUCAUUACACCAGGCAAAAUCAAAAUAAAGGUUUUGCGUUAUAUUUCAAGCCAAAAGUUGAAAAGAAAGAAGACUGGCGAUCAAACUGCAGAAACAAACCAAGUUGAAUGUCUUUCCCAAAGACGUGUUCAGAUACAAAACAAAAGAGCUUUAGCCUUAGAAACAGAUAGGGAAUACUUUGUCAAAACGUAUGGAGAGGGUCUUGAUGACUUUCUUCAUGCUGACUACAUGUCUGACCUGGAGACUGAUUGCGAAGUUGCAGACAACUCAUCUUCUGCUGAUCAAGUCUUUGGGCGAUUUCGUUCAAGUUGGAGAAGUGAAAAGGGUGACAAUUUCAUAGAAGAACUUGAUGCUAUUUAUCAGAAUAUUCCAAAAGGUAGCCAGACACGCUCUUUUGACAGAAAGAUCUUUGGAAGAAGAGAAAAGAAGCUUACCAAUGCAAAGAUGAAAAAACUGCCUUCUUAG